GGUCAGACAGCUGCAACCGGUUAUGCUGGUGGAUAUGAUCAAACGGCGGCAGCCGCGGCUGCAGCAGCAGCCGUCGCCAAACCUGCAACGUAUGCUACCACUUACACUCAAAGAGCUGCCACCCAACAACAAGCCCAGCAAGUAGCUACUGCAGCCGCGGCGGCGGCGGCAGCGGCUAAACCUGCGCAGUAUACAGCUACUUAUCAACCUAAUGCUAGUGCAUAUCAAGCUACAUAUGCCCAACCAGCCGCCCAAACUACGAUUGCUGCUCAACCUACUACACAAGCUAAACAGCGAUACGAUGCAGCGCUCUACUCGGCUGCCACAAUGUACGUCGCCCAGCAAAAUACGAACAACCAACAGAAGACGGGAGGCUGGCAAAACUACAAGAAGGCAGGUAUUGGAGCUAAGAACGUGAGAGCUAAGGCGCCACCGAAGCCGCAGCAGUUACAUUAUUGUGAUGUGUGCAAAAUCAGUUGCGCCGGACCCCAAACUUACAAAGAGCAUUUAGAAGGACAAAAACACAAGAAACGUGAAGCUGCAACUAAAAUGGCUGCUUCUGUAGCUGUUACAAAUCAAAAUAGAGCCGGAAACUCUCUUAGAUGUCAAUUAUGCGAUGUCACUUGUACAGGAAAUGACGCUUAUGCCGCCCAUAUUCGCGGCGCCAAACAUCAGAAAGUCGUUCUUUUACACACCAAAUUGGGCAAGCCUAUCCCUCCUCAAGAACCGGAAGUUAUCGGCGGAUCAAAGAAAUCCGUUUCGUCGACACCUAAAAUUAAUUUCGUUCAAUCUGGAGGACUGGGAGUAUCUUCUGGGAAUGGCGAGACCAUCAAAGAAGAAGAGGAAGAAAUUCCGGAACCGGAUAUACAGCCUGUCGGGCAAGAUUAUAUUGAAGAAAUUAAGAGCGAUGAUGGAAAAGUAAUCAGUUUCAAUUGCAAACUAUGCGAGUGUAGAUUCAAUGAUCCUAAUGCAAAAGAAAUGCACAUGAAAGGCAGAAGACACAGGCUGCAAUACAAAAAGAAAGUAAACCCUGAUCUUGUUGUUGAUGUUAAACCAUCUCUUAGGCAAAGAAAAAUUCAAGAAGAAAAGAUGAGAAGAGCCGCAAUGAGAGAAGAGUUUUGGGCACGUCGUCACUACCCGGAGGCUAAUGAGAAUAUGUACUGGGAUGACCAUAGGCGAUACGAAGAAGAAUACAUGGCAAUGGUUGGACAUGGUAAUAUGGGAUACCAAAGAGGAAGGCCGUUCCCAGGAGGUCCACCACCAUUCUUCCAAGGAGGCAUGCAGCGUAGAACCGACUCUAGCGACGAUAAGCACGUGAUGGCCCGCCAUGCUGAAAUAUAUCCUAAAGAAGAGGAAUUGCAAGCUAUCCAGAGAAUCGUGUCUCACACCGAAAGAGCACUGAAGGUCGUUUCUGAUCAAAUAUCUGAGAGCAAAACCGGAAAAACGGAUGCUGCAGUUAAAAUCGAAGAAAAGCAAGAAAAUCUUCAGAAAGAAGAUGGACGAGAUAAUCAAUUGUUUUCAUUUCAACAAGGUGAUCAAAAUCGCAUUUUGAAGGGAGUAAUGCGAGUAGGCCACCUCGCCAAAGGUCUACUUCUUCGCGGAGACACCAACGUCGAGCUUGUUGUACUUUGCGCCGACAAACCCACGCUCACUCUCUUGAAGAAGGUUGUGGAACUUCUACCGCCCGCUUUGAAGCAAGUAGCUACCGAUAAUUCCUACACCGUAGCUAUUAACGCAUCCGAAGCCGGACUUAUCAUUGCAGGAGACAACUUGACGGUCCUGGUGCAGUUUACGAGUCCCGUGAUUAGGGAACAGCAAGAAGCUGCGAGCGGCGGGUUCGACCGGGAUGUUCUCUCACGCGGCAAGUGUCUCCAGGCGCUGGCAGCCCUCAGACAUACCAAAUGGUUCCAGGCCAGGGCAUUGGGUCUUCAUUCCUGUGUGAUCAUCAUUCGAAUCCUAAGAGACUUGUGCCAAAGAGUUCCUACGUGGUCACCUCUCAGUUCAUGGGCAAUGGAAUUGUUAGCAGAGAAAGUAAUAUCGUCGGUACCUGGUUCGUCCCAAUUAUCACCAGGAGAUGCCCUCAGAAGAGUCAUGGAAGCAGUGGCUAGUGGUUUGCUCUUACCAGGAGGUCCGGGCUUGGCUGAUCCUUGCGAAAAAGAUAAUCCCGACGCCUCUGGAGCUUUGAAUGCCCAACAGAGGGAGGAUCUCACGUGUUCGGCGCAAUAUGCCCUUAGGUUAAUUGCAUAUAGACAGAUUUAUAAGGUAUUAGGAAUGGACCCCCUACCGGCCCCUCAAAAAGCAUUCCGAAGAGAUAGAUCUGCUCGUAAACGUCGUCGUUCGGGAGGAGAAUUAGAAGGUUCUGAAAGUGACACAGGAAAGAUGGUAAAAACAGAUGGUGCAAAAUAACAUAGAAAAUGUUAAUUUAUAGUUCUUACAUAUUGAAGUAUUUUAAUAUAUAGGCAUUAUUGUUUCUGUAAUUAUGGAGUUUGUGAUUUUUUUUGUUUAUUUUUUUACGUCUAGAACUUUACUGUAACCAUACAGAGUGGUAUUCUACUGAGCGAUCGGUAAUAAAUAUGUAUGUCCAUAUUUGAAUUUGAAAGAUGUUUUAAGAUUAAUUAGCAUAUUGUAUUUGACGAAAUGAAUGAUUUUCCUUGAUCUUGUGAACUCUAAGUUCAAAUAAAUAUUUCACAUCUGGGA